CGCUAACAGUUUAAUGCAACCCAUCAAUAUGUGAUAACUGUCAUCUUUAUUGUUAAACAUUUGCGAACUCUCCUCCCAACGGUCUUAGCAGAAAAAUGCAUCAUCCAAGAGCAAAAAUGGAUGAAUUUAAAACAAAGUUUAUGGACUUGCUGCACAAACAGACCAAUAGGCAGUUGAAAAUACCAGCUAUGGGUUUCUCCGAUUACUUCAUACAGAGUGUCACUACUGAGCCUACGGAUGCUUCUGCCAACAAGCUGAAAGUUGGAAGCAAUGGAUCAUCGUUAACACCAAGUAGUGAAAAUGAGGUGUCGAAUUCCGAUAAUCCUGAUAUUACUGCCAACGCACAAAAAUCGGAUCAGGAAAUACUGGAGAGCAUAGAGGAAAUCUAUUUUCAAACUGAAGGGGAGGAGGGUUGCAAUGUGCACGGUCAAUACGAACUUCAGAAAGUUCUUAGUAAUGGCGUAAAUUAUCAACUCAUAGAUGGGACAAUUGCACAAUUGCGUACACAGCAUAAAGUUUUAUCCAAACAAGUGCUACAAAAUAUACUAGAGCAACGCAGCGCUUGCAAUGAGGAGUUUGCAACCAUAAAUGAUAUACAAAAAGAGUUGGAAGAGUCAUUGUGGACUUGUCGAAAAGCGCGUUCUUAUUUAAAUUAUGCAAAAGUCAAUUUGACCACAACAAGCCUGGAAAUAUUGGCAUCUUAUCGUAAGCGUGAAAUACUUAAGGAGCUUUUAAAUACAUUGCUUGCAAUUAAAAAGCUAAAAUCAACCGAUGUUGAAGUGCAAAAGUUUCUUUCCGACUACAACUACUCUGGUGCAAUUGGUUUAUUGCUUAAGUGUAAAGAUUCUGCUGCAGAGUAUAUGCAAUACAAUUGCGUGCAGUCAUUGAAUAAGAAGCUGCAGGAAACUCUCUUGCUUACCGAGUUCCAAUUAGAUACGGUGCUUAACGAGAUGAUUUUAAAUUUUGACAUGCGAAAGUAUGCGAAGCUACAAGAAGCUUACAAACUUCUAAACAAAUCUCUAAUUGCUAUGGAUCAGCUGCACAUAAAUUUCAUCUCGGCCAUACAUUCCUCUGUGAACUCAGUUUUACGCGCGUACAACGAUCCUAAUAUCGAUGAAAAUAUGAAAUUCCUUUUCGAACAACUUUGUGAACAAGUGACUGUGGACAAAUACAUUUCCUGCUUAAUCAGUUUAUGCAAAACAUUCUGGACCAUAUUGGCGUCCUACUACCAAAUUGUAGUAUGGCAUCAGAAUUAUAAGCUCUAUCCUUUAGACAUGGCCGACUCGCCCGAUAUUUAUAUACAAGAAAAACUGAAGAAAGGUCAAUCGCGCAUUUGGAAUGAUAUACUAACAAAGAUUUGCACUUUCCUACAAAGCACUAAGCUGAAAACGCUCAAGUAUGAUCAAUUUAUACAAGUGUUAUCCAUUGUGCAGCGUUUGAAAAAGGUUGGUGUGGAGUUUUGUGGUGAACAGUCCGAGAAAUUGAUUGAAACCAUGCAAGUUCAAAGUCAGGAGUUCUUCCAACGUUAUCACAUAACAUGCCUGGAGGAGAUCUGUCUCUUUUUGGAUAAUGAAUCGUGGACAAUGGUGGAUUCUUUUGUUAAUAUACUCCAGCUGCCGGAAUUUCGUUCUGUGCGCAAUACGUUAAGACGACAUAAAUCACCGCCUGUCGCCCAUUUGCUGGUCUCAGCGUCAUCGGUAAAUAACUCACCUACGAGCAAUAACAAUUGUGACGAAUUAGUGUCGGUGCAUUCGCAAGACGGUGGUAGUUCCAUUUACGGUUCCUAUGGUUACUUUCUGCGUUUCUCCGAGAAGAGUUCACCUUUCGAUGGUGGGCUGGAUGUGGCUAUGCUUGAAGAGGACAUACUCUCGGGCAUUGUAGACGAGGCAUCCUGCUACUUUUCCGAAGAGAGUGAUGACGAGCAGAAAAGCAUGCAGAGUAAAUACGAAGAUGAAGCUGGCAGUGCGUGUGUGAUUGUGAACAACACCACAUUGAACGUGUUCCGUUGCAUCGGGCGUUACUUACAGAUGUGCAAGUUAUUGCACUGCAUUUCACCGAAAAUUGUUGCGAGCAUGUUGGAAUUGAUGGAUUUCUACGCUUACGCAGUGCAUGAGAUCUUCGGUAAAGAUGCUCCCGUGACGAUGGAAAAAUUUUACAACGCACGGCUUGAGCAAAAGCUGCAAACAGUGCUGCAGCAUGUUGUUACAAACAUAAAAAUUUGGCCACUCAACUUCACAUCACUAAUCAAUAAUGAGCUGGCGAAUCCAGAUACACUGUACGGCCUAUCGCAGCGCAUUGUUGCGGUGGAGAGUGGACAUUGUAUGACACAGCAAUUCCAAACUCUACACAAUUACCUCAAUCACCUGUUACCGCCACAAGAGCGACCCAUGCUGACGGCUUAUUUCGAUUAUAUCGAGUUUAUGGCUGACAUUGCCCGUCCGGUGUACACCUGCGUUACGUCGCGCGUCAUUGACUUGCAAGCGGUCUUGGCAAUGAUGGCCAAAGUUAAGUGGGAUGUCAAUCAUGUCAGCUUUCAACAUAACAGUUAUAUUGAUAUAAUGAAUCGGAAUAUUCAAAGCUUUGCCAUGCGUUUGGAGGAAAUCGCCAAAGAAACAAAUCUACCAGCGGAAACUAUAUGGAAUUCUAUGGCUCACGUCGCGUCGCAUUUACUAGUAGAAGGCUUUUCGAAUGUAAAAAAAUGCUCCGCCGGCGGUCGUGCGCUAAUGCAGCUAGAUUUUACAAAUUUUAUGUCCAUACUCGAGUUGAUUUCCAAUCAAAAAUAUCCAGAGCACCGUCUUUAUGUGGACAGUUUCAUCAAAGCAUAUUAUUACUCAAAUGAACAAUUCGAAGAAUGGAUUGAUACACAACGCAAUCUGGAGCAAUAUUCCACAAAGCAACUAACAAAUCUCAUACAAUGCGUUUGUGUAAGCGAUAAACGCACCAGACAGAAAUUAUUACAAUUAUUAGGUGGUAAUAACACUAGUGUUGGCAAUGGCAAUAAUCUCAAUUUAAGUACAAGUAGCACAUAGUUGGUAUAAUAUAAGCAACAAGACAACGUCAUAUUAAGCGUCGUCUAUUUGGCCACUGCACAAAUAUUUAUAAUUUAAGAAAUUUGUAUGUUACA